AUGUAUUUUUCUUUUAAAUAUUCUUCUAGACUAUUUCAAUUAAUAUUAUUACUUCAGUAUUUUCAAUUUGCUUUAAUGUUUUUUGUUGAACGGGAAAAGUUUAUGCCGAAAGUUGAAUGGGAAUGUUCUGAUAAAUCAAUUCAAAUACUUGUAAAAACAAUUAAACCUUUUUACGGAAUUAUUAGACCUAAAGGGGCAAUUAAACAACAAAAUUCCUCGCCUUGUAUCCUUCAAGGAAGUGGGGGGUUAUUUACUAAAAUGGAAAUUCCUUUACUUGAAGGUGGAUGGAAGGAAUGUGGACUAAAUUUAGAAAAGGAUUCUUCAACACUUUGGACACAAAUAGAAAUACACGAGCAUGUAUUGCUACAUUUACAUGAUGAUCGUUUAGUAAAUAUUAGCUGUGCGGGUUGGGCUGAAACUUUAAAUAAACAAAAGAAGAAUGGAGGAGAGGGAGAAAAUAGGUAUGGAAAUUAA